AUAGACGCUCCCCCCCUGCCGCCGCCUGCGCUUCUGAUUGCUGGCCUGCCCUCCGUUUUCGACAUCCCUGUCUUCAGCCCUGUCGCACUAGGAGCACACUAUCAGGACGGGUGGACGGGUUGGGGCACAAUCCAGUGUCACUUUCAGCUGUUGGGACUUGGUCUCCUUCCUCCCCCCCACCCCGCCUAUGGCGCUGGUCUCGUGUGAUGCUUGGAUGGCUCAGCUCGUCAUUAGCACAAGCCCACUGGCGCACUAGCCCACCCCUUCACCGUUUUCUCUCUUCCUGCCUCCGAUCCAGCUGCGGAUACGCCAUGCCCCUGUCCUACCUGGGUCUCAGGCAGAUGCCAAGCAUGCUGGUAGCUGCCGGUGUUGGGGGCGGUGGCUGGCUGGCGACUGCUUAAAUCUCCUCGCAUCCCGCUUCACCCAGCUGGGAGCAACAAGACUCGCCAGCUGCACGCUUUGCGUCCAGUCUCUCCAACACCCCGCUGUGGCAGUCCAUCCCAUAAUCACCAUGAGGAACUACUCUAUCCAGGUACCGGGGUACCAUUAUACCGGUAUCGACGGCUGGCCAGCAAUCGAGCAGAUGCAAUGGAACAGGUCCUGCCGGGCUUAUGGCGAGUUCUUUGCCGCACUGAUGCAACCCAACCGUUUCGACAAAACGUCGUCCGCGGGCUUUAGUCUUCCCUUGGGUAUCACCUGGAUGAUAGAGUCCUUUCCCAAGGACUGGGACUUGAUUGCGAAUGUCAUCCCCGACGUCGACCCCAACGUGAGGUACACGGACGAGCAGUUCAAAGACCUGCGGGUACACAAGUUGCUGGUGCAGUCCGGCAGGUAUUUGAGCGAGGUUAUGGCCGACAAGUCCCUUAGCGACUUCUUCAUCGUCCAAGUGUUCAACACUUCUUACACUUGCCAGCCCGAGUCGUGCAUGGCUCUCGCGUUGGGCGCAAAUCCAGACAUGACGGGAAUAGGGAUCAUGAUUUCAUACUACAUCGAGGCCGGCCUUGCCACCCUGUUUUUAAUCUUCUUUACCGUCCAAAGGUUCAAGCAAUGGGCCAAGAAGAAAGCCAUCCGCGCCGGCAAGCCCCAUCGGGCAGAGACUUUCUCCAAACCUGUUGCGCGGCGCGUCAUGGAUGCCUUCCGUGGCACACUCGAGAGCUUCCUCCUGGCCGCCAUCCUGCUCGCCGUCGCCAUGCUUGUUGCAGGCAUCUUCGUCAUCGCCGAGAACAUCGAGGACCGAUACAAGGGCGCCGACGAGCACGAAAUGAUCAACGGCGCGUCCUACUACGACGUUCCCCUGUCGGUCCUCGCCUGCGCAUUUGCCGUCUUCCCCGUCCUUGCCGCGUACUCGGUCCUGCGCCACCCCGGCCAGGGCGAGUCCGGCGCCCACAAAAAGUGGUUGACUCGCGCCUGUCUCAUUGUCAUCUGGCUCCUUGGGAUCGCCGUGGUGUACAUGGCCCCCUUGGGCGACCCCGACUUCAACCCAACCCCCAAAGAAGACCAGGCGAACAGAGAGGCGAUGGAGCGGAGCGGACUGAAGGAUGACCUCUGGUCCUGGUGCGACCAUCGAGGAGGUAAUGCUUACCGCAACGCCCUGAAGGCAGCCAUGGGCCUGGUGGUGGCCGCUCCCCUGGUUUGGAGUCUCCUCUUCCUUUUCCUGCAUACGGGCUUCCUCAUCCCGGGCAUUGCCGGCUCGAAAAAGCUCCGCAUCUGGCUGCCGUGGUGCCGUCUGGCAAUGGGAUGGAUCUGCCUUGCCUUUACCUGGGGCGUGCUCGCAUAUCUGCAAUGGCUGCGACAAAAGCUCCGAGACGCGACCGGGAGGCUCGGCGAUGACGGCAAAUGGGGGUUUGGCCAGAUCCUGGCGUUAUCCGUCUGGGUCCCUGUUGUCUUUGAGUUCAUCUACAUCCUCCUUUGGGGACUGCAGGACAGUCUUUCCGGGUCUCUGCCCCCGGAGUAUAAGGCCGUCCUCCGCAUGGACCACCCCAGCCCCGAACCGCAAAACACACAUGGGGGCUUUGGCUACGUCGGCGCCGGCCAGAACAUGGACACAGAGCACAAGCCACACGGCGGGAGCGAUGGCGGACUGCACAUGUCGUCAAAGAACCUCCCAGGCGGCUACACCAGCGUCGUCUCGACCACGCCCGCCCUCGACAGCUUCUCCCCGCCUUCCACCAUGUACGAUCCCUACCAGGGCAUCGCCCCGACGGCCGGCCGGCCGCAAUCCUUCCAGGCGCCCGCGGCCACGGCCCAGCAUGCAUCGGGCCUGCAGAGCCCGCCGCAGACCCAUGGCGCGUUCUAUCCGCAGGACCCCAUGCUGCCGACGUACUACCCGUCCCCACCGCCGGCCCAGUACCAGCAGGCGCCCCAGCCCGUGUCGCCGCCGCCGCAGAUGACCCCGGAGCAGAUGCAAUAUCUCCAAGCAGUAAUGCAGCAGCAGCAGCCGCAGUUCAGGCAUCCACCGCAGUAAUGAGGGUGUUUUCUUUUCUUCCUGCUUAGCGUUCGGUCGGUGUCCAGGAGUCUUACUGUCCGGCCUAUAUUUAAUUUCGUGGUCUCCGUCGUCUUCAGGUGGCUGCGCUUGUUCGCUCGCGUUAUAGGCAAUGGGCAAGCCCACGUGCAAUAAUAACUCGAUGCUGAUGUGGAGUUUCUGCUUCCCCUUGUUAACCUCGCUCACCCUUUGCAUCAAUGCUAUUCGGAUCUUACGACAUGGCAUAGUCCACGCACAAUGAAGGCCUUGCUUAUUAAUUAGAGAUAUUCUUGACAAGACGUCGCAAGGGCUUUGAUGUUACUGCACUGCAUCACCACUAGCCAACGCAUCAUGAUUUUUGUUGA